UCAGAUUUUUAAGAAGUUUUUGAAGCUGAAUUGAACGCCGUAUGGACGCAGCCAUGUUUGCCCUUGACCUUUAUAAGGAUAAACAACGAACACAUCCAAUUGUUGGAGCCAUCUGUCAAAUUGGAAGAAAAAUAAGAAUGACAAGAAUGUAAGAUAAAGCAUCAGCUGUGUAGACCUUGAUUGGUUACUAUAUUGUUUUGAUGUACAGACAACUGAGAUACUAACAUGUCCAAUUUCUGUAAGAUCUGAUGCAAGAUGGAAUAUCAUGGUUUAUUAAAUAGCCAUGUCCUUACUGCGAUGAAGAAGAGAGACGUGGAGAAAGUGCAGAAGCUUUUACUGAUGCCAAACUUUGACCUCAACUAUUCAUCCAAGAAGAAAAUCACACCAUUGAUACUUGCAGCAAAACUAGGUCUAUUCAGUAUAUGUGAGAAGUUGGUUUCUUUGAAGGUUGACCUUUCUUGCUCUGAUCUGGAUGGACGGACAGCAUUACACCGUGCUAGUUACCAUGGUUACGCAGACAUUGUUAAUUUAUUGAUAAAAGCAGGAUGCUACGUAAACACAGUUAACCUCGAAGGUGAUCUCUCUCUUCAUGAGGCAGUUUCAAAUGGCAAUGUUCAAACAGUAGAGGCACUGUUGACGGCAGGAAGUGACAUCAACAGACCUAAUCAGGUGACGGGAAGUACACCUUUAGACCUUUCUGUACUUCAUGAGAGAGCAGACAUUGUCAGUACAUUGUUGCAAGGUGGUGCUAAUGUUCAUAGAAAGUCCAGUGCAGGAGAAACAGCCCUACAUUUUGCUGUACAAGUAGGCUCAGUGAAAAUAAUAGAGGAGCUGCUUGGGGCUGGAGCUGACAUAAACUGUGUGAAUAAUCUCGGGGAAACACCUCUUGCACUUGCAGUUCAGGAGAAGAAAUUGAAGAUUGUGAAAUAUUUAGUGGAAGCCGGGUGUAAGUUAGAUCAUUCCGAGUAUCUGUCACCGCUGUAUAUUGCUUGUCGACAAAACAGUCAGAAUAUUAUCUGUUAUUUAUUAUCAGAAGGAUUCAAUUUAAGUCAAGACAGGUGGAUUAUGAGAUAUACCUACUUAAAACUAGAAGAAUCUAAUCCAGAAUUACUGGCAUACGUGUUCCACAGGUGUGAAAACCCGUUAACAUUAAAAGAGAUUUGUCGUAGUAACAUACGAAGAGCAUUACAACCAAGAUUGAAAGAAAAAAUCACACAUCUUAAGUUGCCAAAGUCUGUCAAGCAGUGGGUCGCCAGUGAUAUAAUCUAUAUUUUCUGACUUUCUUUAAGUGCCAAAUUUUACAAUUUUUGUGUAUUUGUUUUGACAAAACUCUUGUUUUAGUUUUUAGUGACUUUUGUUACUCGCCUUGAAAAUGUAUGUUUAAGCUUGCAUUUGUUAAUGGUUCAGUUGAUCUUGUGAGAUUCAGUUAUACUGACUGUUUCAGAUUAUUUUAAUGUAUUUAACUGUUACUUUAUUUGAAAGUUUCUCUAACAUAAAUGUCUUAAAAGUUUUUGAAAGAUUUUUGUUAUAUGAAUUGUUUACAGGUUUUCUUGCCAUAAUAUUUAACAGUGUAAAAGUUUUACAUGCACACUUCUCUAGUCAUUAGUUUUAGUUUUAUUUUCUCAUUGUGUAGGUUUUCAUUGUGUUGAGAGAUUUGUGAUGCUAGAUAGUCGGUAACGCCAAACCAGGGUUUUGCUCAAUUUUAAACCAUUGUGUCUUUGAGUCUGGAGAUUUAUUGUAUAUUCCAAGAAAAUUCAGAGUUAAACAUUCAGUAUAACGUACCUCAGUGGUCACUUAUUAAGCAGCAAGUUAGCUAACUUCCCAAUUGACUUUUUGCUCUUAUUUCAACUUGUCUCAAGUAGCCACCUGCAUUAAGCAGCCACAUCGUGUCACUCACUUGGCUAACUGCUUAAAAGUUUAUUUGUGCAUGUAAAGAUUUACCAGGAAAGUAUUUAUAUUUGAUAACAUGCUGAUACUUUCACUGGCUUCAAGUAUAUAAUUCCAUAAACCUUUGACUUUUACAUUUCUUUUGAAAUCCAGUAAGUUAUUGCUUAAGGUUUUACUCUAGCGAUAUUUUUUUUGUAGCAGAAUUAAACAGAUAUUGCUGAAUUUUUAACCAAAAUCAAGAUAUUGUUGUUUUUAACCAACAUCACUGGAAACCAAUUUAAAGAUUUUGACACUGUUGUGAAAAUGACGUACUUUGAUGCUGGUACAACAUAUGUUUUCUUUGUUGACAAGAACUCUGACAAUGCAUCUCAGAGUUAUGAUUUCCUAAUCAUGUACGUUUGUAUUUAUUUUUUCAUUGCUUAUUGUGUUUUUAUGGCUCGUUAUUUUACUUCUUUUCUCAGAUGGUAUUUGUAAAAAGAAAUUUGAAAAUAAAAAGGUAUUACUGGCA